AUGGUAUCCACUACUCAAUACUCCUUCCACGACAAAAUCACUUGGCUCAUCGGAAUUCUCAAUUUUUUAGUAACAAUUGUCGCAAUCAUCUCAAGUUCUGCAUUUGAAAAUCCUAAAAAAUUGGGAAUUCCUAUUUGUGAAUUUGUGUUCUCAUUGAUGUGUGCUACCACAAUGCUUGAGUUUGUUCGUGUUGCUAGAGGAUUUAUCAAGUUGAGGAGACCAAGUGACGACGAGAUGUUUGAAAUGGAAACACUCAACCCGUUGAUGGUUCAGCUAGAAGAAGCCAAUGUGCAGGAGGAGUUGGUGGCGAAAAAACCGUACUGUGAAAUGUGUAUGGAAGAGUACCGGUAUCCUCCAGGUCCUAAAGUGAUGGCAAUAUGUGGACACACAGUUUGUGAAUACUGUGCUGAUAAAUAUCUGAGUGAUAGUAGUAACGAACUAAACACGUGUUGCCCGUUGGGUUUGAAAACGGAACAGGACAAUGCUAUAGAGCCUGCUUCUGCUCCAGAACUCUCCGCUUCCGGACCUGCUCCAGAACCAUCAGCUAUAGAAUCUGCUUUAGAAUCUGCUCCAGAGUCUGCUCCAGAUAUCUCAACUCCUGGGAUUGAUCCAGAACCAUCAGCCAACGGAAUUGCUAAAGAGCCUGCUCCAAGCUCCACCCACUUUCUUAAAGUUUUUAGCAGCCUCGUACAGAAAGGGAAACUAUGGUUUCCAGAAACCAGCUUCAAAAAUCUCAGAUCUCCGAAUUUUGGUUUAUGGUAG